AUGGCUAUCUCUCGCUUCUACGUCCUCAUCGCAUUUGCUGCCUGCGCUGCUCAACUCGCCUUCGCAGGCGUUGUACCUGAGGCUCGGGACCUCGCCGCAAGAGCACCCUCAUACGUUGUGAAUGAAGUCCGCGAGCAUCGCCAUAAGCAGCAUGGCAGAGACGACGCCGACGUCGAGCACAAGAAGCACCAUAAGCACCAUGGCAGAGACGACGCCGACGUCGAGCACAAGAAGCACCAUAAGCAUCACGCCAGAGACGAUGCGGAGGUCAACCACAAGCACAAGAAACACCCUAAGCAUCAUGCCAGAGACGAUGCUGAGGUUGACGACAAGCACAAGAAGCACGACAAGGAUCACAAGAAGCCGCAUGACGAGUGA